CACCGCUCACCCAAGGCCCGAGCGCUGCCACAGCCUGAGCCGACCCCACCAUGGACACCGGAGUCAUCGAAGGGGGUCUCAAUGUCACACUCACCAUCCGGCUACUCAUGCACGGAAAGGAGGUGGGAAGCAUCAUUGGGAAGAAAGGGGAGUCCGUGAAGAAGAUGCGUGAGGAGAGCGGAGCUCGCAUCAACAUCUCGGAAGGGAACUGCCCCGAGCGGAUCAUCACCCUCGCGGGACCCACCAACGCCAUCUUCAAAGCUUUUGCGAUGAUCAUUGACAAACUGGAAGAGGACAUCAGCAGCUCCAUGACCAACAGCACAGCUGCCAGCCGGCCCCCGGUCACCCUCCGACUUGUGGUCCCUGCCAGCCAGUGCGGGUCCCUCAUUGGGAAGGGAGGCUGCAAGAUCAAGGAGAUCCGAGAGAGCACGGGGGCACAGGUCCAGGUGGCAGGGGACAUGCUGCCCAACUCGACUGAGCGAGCCAUCACCAUUGCUGGGAUCCCACAGUCCAUCAUCGAGUGCGUCAAACAGAUCUGCGUCGUCAUGCUUGAGUCUCCCCCGAAGGGUGUCACCAUCCCGUACCGACCCAAGCCAUCCAGCUCUCCCGUCAUCUUUGCAGGCGGCCAGGACAGGUACAGCAGCGGCAGUGCGAGCUACCCCCACACCGCCCCAUCCAUGUGCCUCAACUCUGACUUGGAGGGACCACCUCAGGAGGCCACCCGGCAGCCACUGCAUGGCAACGAACUUGGGCCAAUUCCAGCCUGGGCUGCAGUUCUUCCGGCCUAUACCAUUCAAGGACAGUAUGCCAUUCCACAGCCAGAUCUGACCAAGCUGCACCAGUUGGCAAUGCAACAGUCACACUUUCCAAUGUCUCAUGGCAACACUGGAUUCAGUGGCAUUGACUCCAGCUCUCCAGAGGUGAAAGGCUAUUGGGGUUUGGAUGCCUCUGCUCAAACCACCUCCCAUGAACUUACCAUUCCAAACGAUCUGAUUGGCUGCAUCAUCGGGCGUCAGGGCGCCAAGAUCAACGAGAUCCGCCAGAUGUCCGGGGCGCAGAUCAAGAUUGCCAACCCCGUGGAAGGAUCUACUGACCGGCAGGUGACCAUAACUGGAUCUGCAGCGAGCAUCAGCCUGGCCCAGUAUCUAAUUAAUGUCAGGCUCUCCUCGGAGACCGGGGGCAUGGGCAGCAGUUAGGGGGGCCCCGGACCCCCCCAGCCUCGCCAUCCAUCUGCGACCCCUUUAGCACCGACCCAGGUUUUAACUAGUUUGUACAUUUUCGGUUCCUCCAGCCUCGCGCCACUCACCAGGUUCAGUUGGUUUCAUUUUUGUUCUGGUUUUUGUUUUUGGUUUUUUUUUUUUCGGGUUUUUUUGAAUUAAAAGACAAAAAGCAUUUUAAUUCCUUUCGUUCAGCUCUCUUAAAAAAAAAAAAACUGCUGAACCCCAAAUCUUAGUUUUAUAAAGCUUCUCUCUCCUCUCCCCUCCCUUUCCCCGCACCUCCCUCCCUUUCUCCCCCCCCUUCCAUCCUUUUUUCGGCUCAUGAAGUUUCUGUUUUUGUCAUAAAAUGUUAAGAGUGGAAAUAAAAAAAAAGGCAAAAAAAACCCAAACCCACAAAAAAAAAAAAAAAAAAAAAAAAAACACAAAAAAACAACAUUUCAGUUUAGUUCUGUAACGUCAGGAAAUUUUUCAAAAAAAAACUGAAUAAAAAGAUGGACUGGAGCUUUUCCUUGUGAAUAGAACCUGCAGGAUAUUUUGGUUAAUGGA